UACGCCUUUCUUUCAUUUGAGGCUUUUAUCUGGGGAUCUUGCCCCCAAUAUCUACUACAGACUUUGUUUUUUUCAGCUGAACGAGCAAUAUGAAUGAACCUUGACAAUGUCAACUUCACUUUCUUUCUUGAUGGCGCUAUCUUCCGCCAAGCUUUUUUAUAUCAUCCUCUUCUACGUGGUUUUAUUCUCUCCUUCUUUCUUCUCUUUUCCCUGCUGCACCGGGAAAAGAUUACAUCUUAAUGUCCACUUUCUUACAUAUCUGUACAAACAAUAAUGAUCUUUACGCAAGUCUAUCCAUGUACAGGGAGUCUUUGAAUGAAUGAUUG